UAAUCUUCAGGUCUUUGACUACCGUGGAGCCGCCAUUAAUAAUAAUGGCUGGGUCACAGCCGGAGCAGCUAAGCGCGGCGAAACGCAGUAUUAUGAGAGUGAACCCCCAGAAGCAUGCCGCCACUCGGAGACAGAGGACUGUCCUUUCAUGCACAUCAUGUCGCAAACGCAAAGUCAAAUGUGACCGUUUGACGCCUUGCACUGAGUGCGUGCGGUUGAAGAUCGGAAAUACCUGCACUUAUCCUCCACCCCCAAGAACUCCUCCUUCCUCUGUAGCUGAAUCUACGCCCACCCGCUCUGUUGGGUCUCGAACGGGGGAGGAUGUGCCCAAUACUGAUUCCACACCGUAUCCCACCAACACACGCCGCGUUUCUGCAUCAUUAACGCUGGGCGGAGAGCUCUCAGAUUAUGGCCCGGAUCACGGCACUAGUCCUGAGCCGGCGUGUUCGACGGCCCAGACAUGUCCGAACGAGGCCAAUCACCCAGAACAGUCUAUAAGCACCGAUAGUUUUGUCCAAUUUGUUGCCCCUCUCUCAUUUAGGGGAAAGCAGAAGCGAACUAGGUUCUUCGGACGAAGUCACUGGGCGACGACCCUGGGCAUGUUCCCUGAUCUCAAUUCCCACUUGCAUGCCUACUAUCAAGAUAAACAAACUCCAACAAACACAGACUUUGUCGAAUACUUGUCCCUCAAACGGCUGAAGCACGAUAUGAAGGGCCCUGAUAGAUCAUGGCAAUGUGAUCAUCAAGCCCAGCACUCCUUGAAGCUGAGAGAACUAUUACCCGACCGUAGCUUUGCGGAAUAUCUGAUGCAGCUGUACUUCUCAACAUUUGAGUAUACCCUUCGAAUACUACAUGUUCCGUCUUUCCUCCAGGAAUGGGAUGCGUUUUGGAAUCACAUGGAAACCGAACUUGACAGGCCAUUACCAAGUGAUGUUUUCCUUGCAAAACUUCUUGUGAUGCUGGCAUGUUCUUCGUGUUUUGCCACGAGAGCAAAAUUAACUUUAGUUGGACUUGACGAGAGAUCAUUUAUGCAGAUGUCUCACGGGUGGAUUGAAGCAGUGACAACCUGGCUAGGGGCAAUGACAAGCCAUGCUCAACUCAAUCUAGACUUAAUCCAGAUAAAGUGCCUGUUAGUUCUUGCAAAACAAGGGACGGCAUGGGAGGGAGAUUUAGCAAGCCUCGCUGCGGGCUCCCUGAUCCGAGAAGCCGUUUUGAUGGGCCUCCACCGAGAUCCAUCCAACUUCUCCCACCUUUCUCCAUAUUGGGCCGAAAUACGGAAACGGCUCUGGUUUACGAUAGUAGAGCUGGAGCUUCAGGCGUCCCUGUAUAAUGGGGUACCGCUUGCGAUAUCUUGGGAUGAGUUUGACUGUCCUCCCCCAUCCAAUAUCGAAGAUGAGGAUCUCACCGUUAACUCUGCGCUUCUGCCGUCACCUAAACCAUCUACUACUGCAACAAGGAUGACUUUUCAAAUUACACUCGCUCAAACAUUACAGACUCGAAUAGAGGUUUCCCGAGCCGUAAAUCGGGUGCGAUUAACUGUACCAUAUCAGGAAGUCAUGACAAUGAGCGAAAGCCUCUCGAAGGGACUUGCAGAUGCACCACCUGAGCUUCGCAGUAUCAGUACCGAGGGACCUCCUAUUGGACCUGAUGGAAGCUGUCCCGAAUUCCAGCGAUCAUUUUUCCUCUUCCUCAACUAUCGCUGCCUACUGGCCUUGCAUAGACCGUUUUUCCUGAGGCCUGCAGAAACCCGAGACGAGCCUUUCGUGUUUUCACGUAGGGCCUGUGUGCAGAUUAGCCUGGCAUUACUCGCUCAGCUAGAAUAUACCCCAAGGAGCAGCCCAAAUGACCAACUCGUCAACAGCGAUAGCGCCUGCCCGCACAUCCUGCAGCUCAAGGGAGGAAUGUUCCGGGACGAUAUAUUCCACGCUGCAAUAACCAUCUGCUACGAACUUCGCUUGCAGGCUAAGGAUAAAGUGGUUGACCCGCUCCCAGGCACUAUAUCGGUCUAUAUCGAUCAAAGUGCACAUUACCAGCGGAUGGCCCUUUUCGAAAGUGUGGAGAGGGCAGCCAAGUAUUUCGAACUUAAGGUCUACAGGGAGAAAAUGGCUACCAAGGUGUUUAAUAUCUUGACUAUGCUAUUCACUUCAAUCAAGAGUCAGGUACUCGCCGCUGAACAGAGCAUGGAUGGUCGAUCCGAUGGGACGGUAUUAACUAUAGAUGAUGCUUGUCCAGUGGCCUCUCGUCGCUGUCGAGAAUUAUUACUGGCAGAUAAGCCCUUGAACCAUGCAGAGUCCGGUCAAGGAAACCUUAAUCCUAACCAAGAAACUAUGGCAGACCAUGGCGGAACGUCAAUACAACAGGGCAUGCAGGCAGCAGUGCUGGAUAACAGCCAAGGGAUUAAUCCUGAAGAUAUUGAUCUUGAGUGGUACUUCUCGCUGAACCCUCUAUCUCCGUAUCCGAUGAAUAACUGGCCAGAACUGGAUCCGUUUAUGACAUAACUUAGAAGGCAGGGACUGUUAUGUAAAUAUAUUGUAC